AUGGGGCAAGCAGCUACACACGUGGACGCAAACUACACUUUAAUAAAUUACACAGAGGAGGUCAUCGAGGAUGACAGAGACGCUUGCGCUGUCGCUGAUGAUCCUAAAUAUCCAAGUAGCUUCGGAAUAACGCUAGCAGUCCCAGAAUGGGAAGCAAUAUGUACAGCCAUUGUCCUUACCCUCAUAAUCAUUUCUACGAUAGUUGGAAAUAUUUUGGUAAUCCUCAGUGUAUUCACAUACAAGCCGCUCAGAAUCGUUCAGAAUUUCUUCAUAGUAUCACUCGCCGUAGCGGAUUUGACGGUAGCAAUAUUGGUGCUGCCACUGAAUGUGGCGUAUUCCAUUCUCGGGCAAUGGGUGUUUGGGAUAUAUGUGUGCAAGAUGUGGCUUACAUGUGACAUAAUGUGUUGCACUUCGUCCAUUUUAAAUUUGUGUGCAAUCGCAUUAGACAGAUAUUGGGCGAUUACUGAUCCAAUAAAUUAUGCACAGAAGAGAACUUUAGAAAGAGUGCUUCUGAUGAUUGGUGUGGUGUGGGUUCUAUCGUUAAUUAUAAGCUCUCCCCCAUUGCUCGGCUGGAAUGACUGGCCUGACGUCUUCGAACCUGACACACCCUGUCGCUUAACCUCUCAACCAGGCUUUGUAAUCUUCUCUUCAUCAGGAUCCUUUUACAUACCGCUAGUUAUUAUGACUGUAGUUUAUUUUGAAAUAUAUUUGGCCACUAAGAAAAGACUAAGAGAUCGCGCUAAGGCAACUAAGAUCAGCACAAUUUCUAGCGGCCAAAACAAAUACAGCAAUAAAGAGGAUCACCAUGAUCAAGAUUCAGUGAGCUCUGAAGCCAAUCACAACGAGCAUCAAGGCGUUACACGUCUCGUUUCAGAUAAUGAGAAGAAAAAAAGAACCAGAAAACUGACACCUAAAAAGAAACCAAAGCGCAAAUACUGGAGCAAAGAUGACAAAUCACAAAACAAAUUGAUAAUACCAAUUCUGUCAAAUGAGAACUCCGUUACCGAUAUGGGCGACAAUUUGGAGAAUAGGAACACGUCGUCGGAAAGUAACUCGAAAGAAACUCAUGAAGAUGAUUUGAUCGAAGUCAAUGAGACCGUGCCAGUGAAGACUCAUCAUAAAAAGCCUAAACCUAACCAACAAAGUGCAGUUUACCAGUUUAUUGAGGAAAAACAGCGAAUUUCUCUAACCCGCGAACGCCGCGCGGCGAGGACUCUCGGCAUUAUAAUGGGUGUAUUCGUGGUCUGUUGGUUGCCCUUCUUCGUCAUUUACCUUGUCAUUCCCUUCUGUGCGAGCUGUUGCUUAUCCAACAAGUUCAUUAACUUUAUCACUUGGCUUGGAUAUUGCAACUCCGCCCUUAACCCUCUUAUAUACACCAUAUUUAAUAUGGACUUCAGAAGAGCAUUCAAAAAAUUACUAUGUAUGAAACCGUGAACGUGCCAAAGACUGUAAAAUUGUGUAGUGGUUUAUGCUUAUAAUGAAUGAUGCUGAUUUGCUCAAAUGUUUUAACUCAUUCGUAAGUAGAUGUACUAGCAAUGAUCAAGUAAGAUAUUGAAAGUUUGAGUAUAAAAGUAAGAUUACGAAUCUCAAUGUACAUUUAUUGUAUGCAAAGGUGUUGUAAUGAUAUUAAAUAAAUAGCUAAAUAUACUUUAAAAUAUUGUAGAGUAGUGUCAUGUAAAUAUUUGAAGGUUGAAUAGUGCAUAGCACUUUAGAUUUGUAUAAGUAUGUGUGUAAAUAAAAUUUUGUGAAUUGAACGAAUUUGGACGAAUCAUUGAUAACCAACGAAUACUUUCAAAUAUAUAAUCCUAAUUAUGUACAUACAUAUCUUGGUCCGUUUGUAUAUAAGUAAUGAAAAUAUUUGUAAUCUACAAUAUCUGUAACUGUUCAUACUUACUUAUUUUAGUAGAACUAAACGUAAGAAAGUUAUUUCAGUCGUUAGAUAAUGAUUGUUUUCACGAUUG